AUGAGCCCUGUCCAUGUGAGUCCUAUGAGCCGUUCCUAUGAGCCCUAUGAGCCCUAUGAGUCAUAUGAGUCAUAUGAGCCCUGUCCCUGUGAGCCCUAUGAGCCCUGUGAGUCCUAUGAGCCCUAUGAGUCCUAUGAGCCCUAUGAGUCAUAUGAGCCCUGUCCCUUUGAGUCAUAUGAGCCCUGUGAGUCCUAUGAGCCCUGUGAGCCAUGCGAGUCCUAUGAGCCCUAUGAGCCCUAUGAGUCAUAUGAGUCAUAUGAGCCCUGUCCCUUUGAGUCAUAUGAGCCCUGUGAGUCCUAUGAGCCCUGUGAGCCCUGCGAGUCCUAUGAGCCCUAUGAGCCCUAUGAGUCAUUUGAGUCAUAUGAGCCCUGUCCCUGUGAGCCCUGUGAGCCCUAUUAG